AUGUUAGGCCUCAACUUUGUUACUCUGGUGCUUCUGCUGAAAGCAGGCCUCGCUCUAGCGGUACCGUCAAACCAUGCAGUCCACGAGAAGCGAGCGACGAUACAUCCAAGAUGGACUAAAGCCCAACGCGUUCAUUCUAGGUCAAUAUUACCAAUGCGUAUAGGAUUAGCUCAGAGCAAUCUCGAAUAUGCCCAUCUGCACCUCCUGGACGUGUCUGACCCUGACUCGAAAAACUAUGGCAAGCACUGGACAUCCGAAGAGAUCAUCCAGUUCUUCCACCCCUCAAACGAGACGAUUGAGACGGUUCGAAAUUGGCUCGUUGACUCUGGUAUCACCAUUGAUCGUAUCGUACAUACAGACAAUAAGGCUUGGUUCGCGUUUGAUGCUACAGCUGACGAGGCAGAAAGAAUAUUGCAUACAGAGUACUACGAGUACGAAGACUCAGUCACUGGUGGCAUACUUCCUGCUUGCGAGGAAUACUAUGUACCAAUACAUGUUCAGAAGCAUAUCGAUUAUGUCACUCCUGGUAUCAAGCUAUUGGCACCUCCAAAUGCUCCAAAUUCGAAGCACGACUUGAUGCGUCGCACAGAACGGAAGAUAACACCACACAAGUUCUACCGACCGAAAGGACCCAUACAGUUUCCAAGCAGUAGUGAUCUAAGCAAGUGUGAUAGCACGAUCACGCCAGCUUGCGUUGCUGCGCUUUACAGCAUCCCACCUGCUGCUAGCUCCCGUAAACCGAAUCCUUCCAAUGUAUUGGGAAUCUACGAGUCUGAAGCUCAGUACUACUAUCAGCCAGACCUGGACCUGUUCUUCUCCAACUUUACUCCGUACAUCAAGAAUGGAACCCAUCCAACAGUGAUCUCAAUUGACGGUGGUCCGGGACCGACCAACAACACUUCUGAGGCUGGAGGUGAGGUAGAACUCGACCUUCAGCUUGCCUAUCCCAUUGUAUACCCUCAGGGGAUAAGUAUCUACCAGGAAGAUGAUGCAAUCUACGAGUUGGAUCCCAAUCAAACGUACACUUAUGGCUUCAACCAUCUGUUGGAUGCAAUUGAUGGCAGCUAUUGUACCAAAUCCUCCUAUGGAGAAACAGGAGACGAUCCCAACCUUGACCCGAUCUAUCCUGACCCAGCUCCUGGUGGCUAUAAAGGGAAGACCCAGUGUGGGGUUUACAAAUCAACCAAUGUAAUAUCUUUCUCGUACGGUGGUCAGGAAGCACACGUACCUUGGGCAUACCAAAAGCGGCAAUGUGAUGAAUAUUUGAAACUUGGCUUGCGCGGAGUGUCUUUCAUUUUUGCGUCUGGAGAUGCUGGGGUUGGCAAUUACCCCGAACCUUACAGUUUUGACGGUCCUACUGGGUGCUUAGGACCACAAGGAACGAUAUUCAAUCCUACGUGGCCAAACAAUUGUCCAUGGGUGACCAACGUCGGAGCCACUAAAGUGUAUCCGGGAAAGACAGUCUUUGAGCCGGAAAGCGCGGUCUUUGAUCCAGCUGGCCAUCCUUACCACGUCAACUUCUCGUCUGGAGGUGGUUUCAGCAACGUCUAUACCGUUCCAGACUAUCAGAAGUCUGCCGUUGACACUUUUUUCGCAAAGCACAACCCACCUUACAAGUCUUACAGCGCCAUUGUUAACAACACUGAUCUAGUCGGUACCCUUGGAUCAUAUGGUGGUAUUUAUAACCGCAUUGGUCGUGGCAUUCCUGACGUUGCUGCAGUUGGAGAUAAUAUCGCUACGUAUGUUGGUGGAGAAUUUGGUCUGUCUGGAGGGACAAGCGCAAGCUGCCCGAUUUUUGCCUCCGUUGUCAAUAGAAUAAAUGAAGAGAGGCUUGCCAUCGGGAAGACACCUGUUGGUUUUCUCAAUGCAGUCCUCUACAAGAAUCCGUGGGUCCUCAACGACAUCACAAAUGGGACUAACCCAGGAUGCGGUACAGACGGAUUCUCUGCUGUGCAAGGCUGGGAUCCGGUCACUGGGCUGGGAACGCCUAACUAUCCUAAGAUGCUUGCUUUGUUUUUGAGUCUACCAUAAGCAGAUCUAAAGCUCCGAGAUGAUCUAAGGAUAGCGCAAGCACUGUCAUGAUCCCUUUUGGCUCGAAAAAUGUAGACUCACGUUGGUCUAAGACGUAGUAAGAUAGCAUACUACGCAGUACGGAGAGUAUAUUGCAAUAUCUUCUUCUAGCUUCGGUUCUACAUGACUCCAAAGUUAAGGCGACUUUUAUUCGAGAAACCCUGUCUUCUGUUAUACGAG